AAUGGGAUAACGAUAGAUUUUUUUUUUGUUGGGAAAAACAUUUGUUGGUUAACCAUGGGUAAAGAAAGGAUGUUUAUUGGGAUUCUAGUUCUAGGUUUGUUUGGGUGCUUGUGUGAUGCGCAAGGCCAUUCAAAUUUUCCAAGCACAAAUACAGCAGGUUUUGCGUACACCCAGCCUCCAGUGGUGGCCUACCAGACCUUCAGCAAGCCGACCUUCGGCAAGCCGCCCUACACCCAGCCGCCCUACACCCAGCCACCCUACACCCAGGCUCCUGUGGUGGCCUACCCGACCUUCGGCGAGCCUCCCUACACCCAGCCUCCUGUGGUGGCCCACCUGACCUUCGGCAGGCCGCCCUACACCCAGCCGCCCAACACCCAGGCUCCCGUGGUGGCCUACCCAACCUUCGGCGAGCUUCCCUACACCCAGCCUCCCGUGGUGGCCCACACGACCUUCGGCAAGCCGACCUACACCCAGCCUCCCGUGGUGGCCUACCCGACCUUCGGCGAGCCUCCCUACACCCAGCCUCCAGUGGUGGCCCACCCGACCUUCGGCAGGCUGCCCUACACCCAGCCUCCCAACACCCAGGCUCCCGUGGUGGCCUACCCGACCUUCGGCAGACCGCCCUACACCCAGCCUCCCAUGGUGGCCCACCCGACCUUCGGUGAGCCUCCCUACACCCAGCCGCCCAACACCCAGCCUCCCGUGGUGGCCCACACGACCUUCGGCAAGCCGACCUACACCCAGCCUCCCGUGGUGGCCUACCCGACCUUCGGCGAGCCUCCCUACACCCAGCCUCCAGUGGUGGCCCACCCGACCUUCGGCAGGCUGCCCUACACCCAGCCUCCCAACACCCAGGCUCCCGUGGUGGCCUACCCGACCUUCGGCAGACCGCCCUACACCCAGCCUCCCAUGGUGGCCCACCCGACCUUCGGUGAGCCUCCCUACACCCAGCCGCCCAACACCCAGGCUCCUGUGGUGGCCUACCCGACCUUCGGCAAGCCGCCCUACACCCAGCCGCCCAACACCCAGGCUCCCGUGGUGGCCUACCCGACCUUCGGCAGACCGCCCUACACCCAGCCUCCCGUGUUGGCCCACCCGACCUUCGGCAAGCCGUCCUACACCCAGCCGCCCAACACCCAGGCUCCCGUGGUGGCCUACCCGACCUUCGGCAGACCGCCCUACACCCAGCCGCCCAACACCCAGGCUCCCGUGGUGGCCUACCCGACCUUCGGCAAGCCGCCCUACACCCAGCCGCCCAACACCCAGGCUCCCGUGGUGGCCUACCCGACCUUCGGCAAGCCGCCCUACACCCAGCCUCCCGUGUUGGCCCACCCGACCUUCGGCAAGCCGUCCUACACCCAGCCGCCCAACACCCAGGCUCCCGUGGUGGCCUACCCGACCUUCGGCAGACCGCCCUACACCCAGCCGCCCAACACCCAGGCUCCCGUGGUGGCCUACCCGACCUUCGGCAAGCCGCCCUACACCCAGCCGCCCAACACCCAGGCUCCCGUGGUGGCCUACCCGACCUUCGGCAAGCCGCCCUACACCCAGCCUCCCGUGGCGGCCCACCCGACCUUCGGCAAGCCGCCCUACACCCAGCCUCCCAUGACGCCGACCUUCGGGGGACCCAAGGUGCCCACAAUUCCAGUGGAAGCUCCAACGUCCAAACCUAAUGCUGUAAAGGUGUACUGUGGAGAAAGUUCUGUACAGAUGGAAGUGGAUAUGGACCUGCUUGGCAUUGGUCAACUGAUCCAGCCAUCUGACAUCACCCUGGGAGGCUGUGGCCCUGUUGAGCAGAAGGGAUCCAUGCCAGUACUUCUGUUUGAGACUGAGCUUCAUGGCUGUGGCAGUAUACUUUUGAUGACCGAGGACUCCCUGAUCUACUCCUUUGCCCUCAACUAUCAGCCAAGAGCAAUUGGUUCUACUCCCAUCAUCAGGACAUCAAGUGCUGUGGUGGGCAUCCAGUGCCACUACCUGAGGCUACACAAUGUGAGCAGUAAUGCCCUGAAACCAACCUGGAUCCCCUACCACUCCAUCCUGUCUGCUGAGCAACUCCUUGUAUUCUCCCUGAGGAUCAUGGAUGAUAACUGGCGGCUGGAGAGGGCAUCCAAUGUCUUCUUCCUGGGAGACCUCAUCAACAUUGAGGCCGCUGUGGUCCUGGCAAACCACGUGCCCCUCUGUGUGUUUGUAGAUACUUGUGUAGCUACUUUGGUCCCUGAUAUGAAUGCAGUCCCCCGCUAUGCUUUCAUUGAGAACAAAGGGUGUCUAAUUGAUUCCAAGAUGACCAACUCCCGCUCCCGGUUCCUGCCAAGGGUACAGGAUGAUAAGUUGCAAUUCCAGUUGGAUGCUUUCAGGUUUGCCCAGGAGACCAGGAGUGCUAUCUACAUUUUCUGCCAUCUUAAAGCCACUGUAGUCUCUCCAGAUGCAGAAGGGAGGGCCUGCUCAUUUCCUCCUAGAAUGCAACAGUGGAUUGAAGCAUCUGGUAAUGACCAGGCAUGUAGUUGCUGUGACUCCAGCUGUUCUGGGAGGAAAGGCAGGAGUGCAGAUUCAGUCAUGAAGUAUGAGAGCGAUGCAGUCCUAGGCCCCAUUGUUGUCCAGAAGGCUGAGGAUCUUGUACAGCAGCCCCAUAAGAUUACCCAAGAAGCUAAUCUUAUCCAACAUGGUGCUUCUCGGGUAGUGUUUUUGGCUGGAGUGAUGGUGGCAGUAGGACUGGUCUGCAUCAUGGUACUGCUCUGGAGACACUAUAAACCUGUUACAUUGUGACUGGGUUGGGGCUCUUCCUUUUAAAUAAAUAUGGUGGAAAAUGAA